UGGAAAUUAGGGCACAAAAAGCCACUUCUGCGUUUCAUUUUUCCCGCUUUUUCCUGAUUCUCCCGCUGCUUCUCUACCACGAGAUUCCUGCUCUGCACUCCUCUCCCCGACUAACUGCCGUUCGCUUUCUUUGCCGUGACUUCCGACCACAACAACUUUCGGCGGCUCUGCUACCCGCGACUUCCCAGUUGCGCAACAUAGGAAGAUGGGGGAGAGAGCUAAGAGCUUAGCAUUGAUGGGUGCGGGUAUUCUUCUUGGCUCAGCUUCUACCUUGUUUCUUCUCAGACUCAUGUCAAGAAUAAGGAAUUUCAGUUCGGACUCCAGAAAUCAGAUUAUCUUCUAUACCUAAAAAAUGAAAGGUGGCAAUCCAACGCAGCGAAAACGCAAUUGAGUUGAAUUAAAAUUGGGUUUCUUCAGCAAAUACUAAAUGCCAUGCAGUUGGUGAGGAUCCAACUUCAAAUCAUGGAAUGGCUUGUGCAGACAUUUUAAGUGAUGACAUCGUUUCUGAACAAUUGAGCAGGAAUAUUCAGUUUCUUGGUCUUGAGUCUCAACACAAAGUUAUUGGAUCAUAUGUUGUGGUCAUCGGCCUUGGAGGAGUGGGGAGUCAUGCUGCAUCUAUGCUUUUGCGAUCUGGAAUUGGCAGACUCCUACUUGUAGAUUUUGACCAGGUAUCUCUUUCAUCAUUAAAUAGACAUGCUGUUGCAACAAGAUCAGAUGUUGGUACUCCAAAAGCCUCGUGUCUCAAAGAGCAUUUUUUGUCAAUCUUUCCUGAAUGCCACAUAGAGGCCAAAGUCAUGCUGUAUGAUUCAUCAUCAGAAGACGAAAUUCUUUCCGGCCACCCUGAUUUUGUUUUGGACUGCAUCGAUAACAUCGACACAAAGGUUGCACUUCUUGCAGCAUGUGUGCGUCGGGGUUUGAAAGUCUUAUCAGCAAUGGGAGCUGGUGCUAGAGCUGAUCCUACAAGAAUACGCGUGGCUGAUCUGAGGGAAUCAACAAAUGAUCCAUUAUCACGUUCUGUAAGACAUCGUUUGAAGAAAACUUAUGGGAUUGAGGGUGGCAUUCCUGUUGUGUUUUCUUUGGAGAAGCCUAAGGCUAAGCUUCUUCCAUUCAAGGGACCAAGCGGAGAAGAAGAAAACCCAUCAGCUUAUCAGAUAGUGCCAGGUUUUAGGGUUCGUAUCAUACCUGUACUAGGGACCAUCCCAGCAAUAUUUGGACAAGUGAUGGCCUCCUAUGUUGUCACACAAUUGGCAGGGUUGCAAAUUCAUACAGAACCUGUGGUAAGUUUGGAUUUGGAUCAUUAUCGAACUCUUCACCAACGGCUUAUUGAGCAUGAAGAGUCAUUAUAUGGCACUUCCGAGCUAGUCCAGGUAGAUGUUGAUGAAGUGAUGUAUGUGACAAAAGAGUUAUGGCAUGGAAGGAGUGCAAGAGAGCCAUUUCCUAAAGAUGUAGGGCGUGGAAUGUGGCGCUCUGUCAAUGAGUUAAUGCUUGUGAGGUGGGAUAGAGAAAAACCUGCAUCUGUCUCUAAUUUAGUUCUCUUGAAAUUUAAAGAAGUGGAUGAACACGAAUCGAAGACUCUUGAUGAAAUCAAAGCACACGAGCCAGAGUUUUUCACUAGUGUCUCAGCUGUGCUGAAGCAAGCUGAAGAAGACUUUGGUUUGCAACAUCAGUGAAUUCGUAUUACUGACCCUUCUCUUUUUCUUUCCUUUUUGUCAUAAUUUAUUUUACAGAGUAUUUCUUUGUAUCUUUUUUUUUUUGGUUUUUUAGUAAAGUUUCAUGUGUAAUGUGUGGAAAAAGUGAUAUUCUUUUUAGCAGAGACUAUUUCUACAAAA